CCCGGCCUGGGAAGCGCGAGUGCUGCGGUGGCUGCUGAGUGAGCCCAAGCGCGCACAGCUCAGGGGCUGCAGCGGCUGGCGGAGGACGCCGCUGCUCCGCCGCGCGGCCCCGGGACGCUGCGCCGCCCGCCCCCUGCAGCCUGUGUUGCAGUUGUUGGCCACCGGAGGGGGCGAACAAACGUCAACCUGUUGUUUGUCCCGUCACCAUUUAUCAACUCUCAGCACCACAAGGAAGUGCGGCACCCACACGCGCUCCGAAAGUUCAGCAUGCAGGAAGUUUGGGGAGAGCUCGGCGAUUAACACAACGGGCCCGGGCAACUGCUGGGUGAGCGCAGGCGGCAAGAGCGCGGCGCGGCGUCGGUCCCGGGAGCUUCUCCCGGAUUUUUCUUGGAGCGACGCAGUUCCUAGGUCGCUGAUCCCAAUGCACCGACUCAUCCUCGUCUACACUCUAGUUUGCGCAAACUUUUGCAGCUAUCGGGACACUUCUGCAGCCCCGCAGAGCGCACCCAUCAAAGCUUUGCGCAACGCCAACCUCAGGCGAGAUGAGAGCAAUCACCUCACAGACUUGUACCGAAGAGACGAAACCAUCCAGGUGACAGGAAAUGGCCACGUGCAGAGUCCCCGCUUCCCAAACAGCUAUCCCAGGAACCUGCUUCUGACAUGGAGGCUCCAUUCCCAGGAGAAAACAAGGAUACAGUUAGUCUUUGACAAUCAGUUUGGAUUAGAGGAAGCAGAAAAUGAUAUCUGUAGGUAUGAUUUUGUGGAAGUUGAAGAUAUAUCUGAAACCAGUACCAUUAUUAGAGGACGAUGGUGCGGAUACAAGGAAGUUCCUCCAAGGAUAACAUCAAGAACAAACCAAAUUAAAAUAACGUUCAAGUCUGAUGACUACUUUGUGGCCAAACCUGGAUUCAAGAUUUAUUAUUCUUUUGUGGAAGAUUUCCAACCCGCAGCAGCCUCAGAGACCAACUGGGAGUCAGUCACAAGCUCUAUCUCAGGAGUAUCCUAUCACUCUCCAUCAGUAACGGAUCCCACUCUCACUGCGGAUGCUCUGGACAAAACAAUUGCAGAAUUUGAUACCGUGGAAGAUCUGCUCAAGCACUUCAAUCCUGAAUCAUGGCAAGAAGAUCUUGAGAAUUUGUAUUUGGACACUCCUCAUUAUCGAGGCAGAUCGUACCACGACAGGAAGUCAAAAGUUGACCUGGACAGGCUCAAUGAUGAUGUCAAACGUUACAGUUGCACUCCCAGGAAUUACUCAGUCAACUUAAGAGAGGAGCUGAAGCUGACCAAUGUGGUCUUCUUUCCACGUUGCCUCCUCGUGCAGCGCUGUGGAGGAAAUUGUGGCUGUGGAACAGUCAACUGGAAGUCCUGCACGUGCAAUUCAGGGAAAACUGUGAAAAAGUAUCAUGAGGUAUUAAAGUUUGAGCCUGGCUAUUUCAGGAGGAGGGGCAGAGCAAAGCACAUGGCUCUCGUUGACAUCCAGUUGGACCACCAUGAGCGGUGUGACUGCAUCUGCAGCUCCAGACCACCUCGAUAAUUGAAUGUGCGCACUGUUACAUCAAGCAUGGAAGAACCUUUAGUUUAAGGAGGGUAUGGUUAAGAGGCCCUUUUCCCGCCAGCAAACGAACUUAGCCUGCAAAGCAAUGAGUUUCAGCCCAGCUUUGUUAGUGCCAUGGCAAAUAGAAAAGUGUAUCAUCAAAUUCUAUAUCCAAGAACAUAGACUUCCAUUUAAUAAUAGUGUCUGAGGAUAUAUCCAUGUCUACAUGUAAAUAGAUCAACUGGUUGAUUCAGUAUAUAUAAUAAGCUACACCAGAGCUUACAUAAGGUUGAGUUAUUGAGAGCCUUAAAAUCUUUUGAAAAAAAUAAGGGACGUAUUAAAUACAUGAAACAUGUC